UCCUGGCCCUCGGCGGGCUCGGGUAGGCUGCACGGGCCGCGCCAUGGCGGGGCUGCUGGCGCUGCUGGGCCCGGCGGGUAGGCUGGGCGCUCGCGUCCGGCCUCGGGCCACCUGGCUCCUGGGCGUCGCCGCCCCCUGCGCCCCGUCGCCCCUGGCCCUGCUCCUGCUCCGGCCGGGACCCGACGCCCGGCUGCUGCGCACCGCCCGCGGGAGCUGCUGCGGCCUCCAGGAGCCCAGCAGAGCCCCUGGGACCACAGGCAAGGGCAGCAGCAGCAGCGCCGAGGAGCAGAAGCAAAGCAAGUCGCAGCAGCUGAAAAAGAUUUUUAAAGAAUAUGGUGCCGUUGGCGUGUGUCUGCACAUUGGAAUCUCCUUGAUCUCCUUGGGCAUAAUUUACAUGGUUGUUUCAAGUGGCGUGGACAUGUCUGCAGUCCUGCUGAAACUCGGGAUUCAAGAGUCCUUGGUGCAGUCGAAGGUGGCAACGGGCACGAGCACCUUCGUGGUAGCCUACGCCAUCCACAAGCUUUUUGCCCCAGUGAGGAUCAGCAUCACUCUGGUCUCCGUGCCCUUGAUCGUCAGGUAUUUCCGGAAAGUGGGAUUUUUUAAACCUCCAGCUGCAAAGCCUUGACGAACUCUUCAACUGUAGGCCCAGACAACCUAUUUCUUUUAAAAUCCGCAUUUUGGAUGAGUUUUAGCCGUGUAGGUUUUUGGGGGGUGGGGGCAGGAGGCUGAUUGCUCUACUCUUCUCAUGGAUGUUUCCUCUUUGCCAGCAAAAGUCAGGUUUUUGAAUAAUUGUCACUUUUUGUUUUAUCCAUUUUGUUAAUGCUGUCAUUAGGGCAUGUAUCCGUAAUCUAAAAUGUCAGCAAAACAUCGGAAAUGAGUUGUCAUCUCAAACAAAAUUGUUCGCCUACAAGGUGUUCCCUCUGGGAGAUGAGGGUGAGGGUCUGUCUGCAGGAGCCCCAGGGGGUUAAUCUCUGCUCCUUGUUCAGGAAGAGCAGUGAUUAAUUCAACUUGUUUUAAAAUUCCCUUUCCUCCAAUAAUUGUUGUCAGGGUGCCUGUGGUUUAAUAUGCAAUAUUCUGCAAAGCAGCUGCCAAUGCUGCAAUUAAAGCAAGUAGAAUUUGAGAAUUAACCAUAUGCAAUCAGUAUCUAAAUUAGCAUCAACACUUGACAUUCCUUACAUUUGGGGGAAAGAAAAACAGUAUUUCGAGCAUGUUUUGCCACUUCCAAAACACCUUCAGAUCUGGCCAUGACAGGACCUAUCUCGGGGCUUUCUUGAAGUUUCACUAAAGUAGAUCAGGGUCAUUUGUUUUCAAUUAGGUAAAAUUUGGAAACCUUGUCCAGUAGUUUGGCUCCUGACCCCCAUAUUCACAGAGGAAUUUGGAUACGGCAUGCACUGGUUUGCUAAAGCUGCCAGAAUACAAUAUCCCAGAAAUGAGUUGGCUUUUACAAUGGGGAUUUAUUAGUUUACAAAUUUACAUUUCUAUGGCCAUGAAAAUGUCCAAAUUAAGGCAUCAAGAGG